ACUCGCGACCGUAGGAUCAACCCCCUGGAAAGCAGACGUUUCAGCCACAGACCCGUAGAGGAGGAGCCCGACCUCAGGAGGCGUGAGCCGCCGCGAGUUUCGCCGAAGCGGUAGUGUGAAUGAACUGGGGGCACCUGGGCACAAGGAUCGCCCUCCCUCCCCCCACCCCGCCCCGGGCCAGAGUUGAGUAGUAGUGCAUUUUUUUCACUCUUGUGAAGAUUUUUUUUAUUAUUUGUUGUAAAGUCUUUUGCACAAUCACGCCCACAUUUGGGGUUGGAAAGCCCUAAUUACCGCCGUCGCUGAUGGACGUUGGAGAGGGAGCGCCUCGUUGCGGAACAGUCGCCUGCGCGCCCUCGCCGGACCCGCGGCUCCCUUGUUGUGCCCCGGCCACCGGGCCCUGCCCUCGUUGCCGGCCUGCGAACGUCUACGUCUCCCCGGUUCCAGGGCGCAUCUCAGCGCUGCCCCGGCUCAGGAGCCCAGGGCCGGGCAGCAGAGCCCGCUUCGGCUCCGGUUCACUGCGCCCACCAGACGAGCUCCGGAGGACUCCGCAACCUUGUUCCUAGUUCGCUCCCGUAGGCUGAACCCGACCGCUGCACCCGGAAUCCUCGGCUGCCCUCCCUCGGGUGGCGUGUGCACCCUCGCGGCACCCCCUCCCCCUCGCCAUGAAGAAGUCGAUUGGUAUAUUAAGCCCAGGCGUUGCUUUGGGGACGGCUGCAAGCGCGAUGUCUUCCAAGUCCUUCGUAAUGGCCUUGGCCGUAUUUUUUUCCUUCGCCCAGGUUGUAAUAGAAGCCAAUUCUUGGUGGUCGCUAGGUAUGAAUAACCCUGUUCAGAUGUCAGAAGUAUACAUCAUUGGAGCACAGCCCCUCUGCAGCCAACUGGCAGGCCUUUCCCAAGGACAGAAGAAGCUGUGCCACUUGUAUCAGGACCACAUGCAGUAUAUCGGGGAAGGCGCCAAGACUGGCAUCAAAGAGUGCCAGUAUCAGUUCCGACACCGGCGCUGGAACUGCAGCACUGUGGACAACACCUCCGUCUUUGGCAGAGUGAUGCAGAUCGGCAGCCGCGAGACAGCCUUCACCUACGCAGUGAGCGCCGCGGGGGUGGUGAACGCCAUGAGCCGCGCGUGCAGGGAAGGCGAGCUGUCCACCUGCGGCUGCAGCCGCGCUGCGCGCCCCAAGGACCUGCCGCGGGACUGGCUCUGGGGUGGCUGCGGUGACAACAUCGACUAUGGCUACCGCUUCGCCAAGGAGUUCGUGGACGCGCGCGAGCGGGAGCGCAUCCACGCCAAGGGCUCCUACGAGAGCGCACGGAUCCUCAUGAACCUGCACAACAAUGAGGCUGGCCGCAGGACGGUGUACAACCUGGCCGACGUGGCCUGCAAGUGCCAUGGGGUCUCCGGUUCCUGUAGCCUCAAGACUUGCUGGCUGCAGCUGGCGGACUUCCGCAAGGUGGGCGACGCGCUCAAGGAGAAGUACGACAGCGCGGCCGCCAUGCGGCUCAACAGCCGGGGCAAACUGGUGCAGGUCAACAGCCGCUUCAACUCGCCCACCACGCAGGACCUAGUCUACAUUGACCCCAGCCCCGACUACUGUGUGCGCAACGAGAGCACAGGCUCGCUGGGGACCCAGGGCCGCCUGUGCAACAAGACGUCAGAGGGCAUGGACGGCUGCGAGCUCAUGUGCUGCGGCCGUGGCUACGACCAGUUCAAGACAGUGCAGACGGAGCGCUGCCACUGCAAGUUCCACUGGUGCUGCUACGUCAAGUGCAAGAAGUGCACGGAGAUCGUGGACCAGUUCGUGUGCAAGUAGUGGGUGCCCACCCAUCACCCAGCCCCACUCCCAGGACCCACUUAUUUAUAGAAAGUACAGUGAUUCUGUUUUGUGUUGUUUUUUUAAAGUAUUUUUUUUAAUGUUCCCCAAGAAUUACAACCGGAAUCAUAUUUUUCCCCGUUCCAUCAAAGAACUCUGUGGUUUGUUAUUAAUAUUAUAAUU